AUGGGUCAGGGUGGGAUCAGGGCUGGGCUGAGGCGGGGUCAGGGCAAGGUCAGGCAGGGCCAGGGUAGGGUCAGGCCGGAGUCAGCAACUCUGGCAAUGGGUGCAGAGGCGUAAAUCGCCCAAGGCCGAAGCCAGCCUGUGGCCUUUCUCUGGCUGCUGCUGCUGCCCGUGGCCACCCUGGAGCUGUGAGAGUCCCCAGCCACGGCCACUGCCCCCCGGCUGGGCUCCGGGCGCGGGGGUGUGCUGGAGGGCAGCGCCCCGACUCCAGAAGCGCAGUGGUUGGCCCCGGGAGCCACAGGUGGCAGGGGAGUCUCCACAGUAUGCGGGCAACCCAAGGUGAUGGGGAAGAUCUACAGUGGCUAGGACAUGGUGGCUGGCCAGUGGCCAUUAGAGGCCAGCCUGCAGUACCAGGGCUCACGUAUCUGUGGAGCUGUCCUCAUUAACUCCCACUGGGUCCUUUCCACUGCCCACUGCUUUCUCAAAAAAUUGCAUGCCCCGGAGAACUACCAGGUUCUGUUAGGAAGCACCCAGGUGCCCCUGCACACCCAGGACACCCAAGAGAUAUCCCUGAGCCAGAUUAUCAUGCACCCAGGCUUUGAGAAGUUACAUCCCUCCGGGAGUGACAUAGCCACAUUGCAGCUCCUCUUUCCUGUGAAUUUCACCUCCUACAUCUUCCUCGCCUGCCUCCCAGUCCCAGGCAUGCAGCUAUGCAGUAUCUCGUCCUGCUGGAUAACUGACUGGGGGAUGCUCAACAAGGAAAGUGAGGGGAUGAAUUACAACUUCUGUAAUAUAUUAUAUGGACCUAAAAAAGGCAAGAGCUUCUCUGUGCACGAGGACAUGCUGUGUGCUGGGGACUUCUCGAGAGGGAAGGCCAUCUGCCAAAAGUGGGAUGCUUACAGAGGCACUAAGCUCCUCAUAUUUGGAAUCUGUACCCUAAAAAGGCUGUUCUGGGACUCAGACCACCGUAAGUGA